GCGAAAGCAUUCUGAAUCAGGAAGUGCUGGGAGUUAACAUGGCUUCGAAAGGACCGGUCGAGAGUUUGAGCGAGGAAGUAAUUUGUCCCGUCUGCCUGGAUUUCUUCAUCGAUCCGGUUACACUGGAGUGCGGACACAACUUCUGUCGCUCUUGUAUCACACAGUAUUGGGAAAGGGAGGAGAGAAACUCCUGCCCGGAAUGUAGAGAGGUGUUUGCUGACCGCACCCUCAGGGUGAAUCGGGCCUUAGCAAAUCUGGCUGAAAAGUUUCGAAAUCUAAACCUGAAUCCGAAAGGGAAGGAAAGUAAACUUCACUGCGAGGAACAUGAGGAAGAACUGAAGCUGUUUUGUGAAACGGACAAGACGCUGAUCUGUCUGAUCUGCAGAGACGCGCAGGAACACAGAGAUCACCGCUUCAAGCCGAUUACAGAAGCUGUUAAAAUCUACAAGGAUCAGCUAAAAUCUUCCUUAGACUCUCUCACAAAAAAGAAAUCAGACUUCCAGGAAAAGGAGCAGCAACAGAAAGAGAAGAUUUCCGGAGUUCAGGAACAGUCACACAGCCUUCAGUCCCACGCCACAUCCCAGUUUGCUGAACUGCGCCAGAUUAUCACUGAGAAAGAGCAGAGCUUACUCAGGGAUCUCAGGGAAGAAGAGAAGAGGAUUCUCAAUCUAAUGGAGAAAAAUCUUUGGGAGAUUCAAGAGAAUAUAAGGAUUAUUCAGGAGGAAAUCUCAAAGUUACAGGAGCAGAUGGAUCAGAAAGACAGUGUGAUAUUUCUCAAGGAGGAAACUCGUCAGAACAGGAGGAUUAAUGUCAAUAUCCAGGAAUUGUCAGUGACAAAUGAGACCCUGCCGGUUGAAAAAUUCGAUCACCUCUAUUUGUUGAACACAGUGCUGAGAGAAACGCUUGAUGCUAUUAAUCGAGUCUUUGUCACCCUGGAUCUGGAAACGGCGAGUCCGUAUCUCGAGGUGUCUGAGGAUCGGAAGAGUGUGAGACGGACCGAGACCUGGAAGAAUCUCCCUGACAUCGGGAAGAGAUUCACAGACCGGGAAUGUGUGCUGGGAUCGGAGGGAUUCACAUGGGGGAGACAUUACUGGGAGGUGGAGGUGACGGGGAAUCGGUUCUGGUGGCUGGGUGUCGCCGCAGAGUCUGUGGAGAGGAAUGGACGGGUCAAUCUGAGUCCGGAGACCGGAUUCUGGAUCAUCAGGCUGAAUGGUGACGUGUUACAUCGGGAUUAUGACGUGGACCGUGGUCUCACCUCCCCCGAGUCCCGUCUAGCUGCCGAUCCCAUCCCCGGGAGGGUGCGAGUUUAUCUCAGUUACGAGACCGGGACAGUUUCAUUUUACAACGCGGAGACCACGUCCCAUCUCCACACCUUCACAGGGAAUAAAUUCACGGUGCAACUUUAUCCUUUCUUCCGGACUGGGGAUGCAAACCAGUGGCUGAGAAUCUGCUCUGGUUCCGCUCCGGGUCUGUAAACGGGUCGAGUCCCGGGACGGGCGUCAGGAGUAAAUUUCCUGUAAGUAUAAAUAUGCGGAGAGUGCAGCUAAAUACGUUGCUAAGGAGAUGGUGCAGGAGGGAGGGUUUCAUGUUUCUGGACAAUUGGGCUUUGUUCCCGGGAAGGUGGGACCUGUUCCGACGGGACCGUUUGCCCCUGAACUGGAAGGGAACUAACAUCCAUGCGGGUAGAUUUGCUAGUGCUGCUCCGGGGGAUUUAAUCUAGAUUUACAGAGGGCGGGGAACCAGAGUGUUAGAGCAGAUAGUGAGGUGCAGGAGGAUAAGGAACAUGAGAGGACUGCAUGUAUAAACGGAAAUGAAAAAAAAACUUUAUGCAUGAUAUAAAUAUUCUCAGGUACAGCUAUUUCAAUGCAAGGAGUAUUGUAGGUAAAACAGAGGAGUUUAGGACGUUUGUUGACACGUGGAAUUAGGACAUUACUGCUAUUGGUGAGACUUGGUGGCAGGAGGGGCAGAGCUGGCAGCUUAAUGUUCUGGUAAAGUUGGAGAAGGGCCAAUUUUGUGGAAAUAAAAAAGGAUCUAGCAAGAGUGGAUUGGGAAAAGUUUUUUUUUGUGGCAAGGAUGUAUUCAGUAAGUUCAUAGGGAACCUUGGUUUUCAAGGGAUAUUGGCGAUCUGUUUAAGAAAAAGGGAGAAGGUAUAGCCAACAAAGAAAAAUGAGGCACUUGAAGAGUAAAGCAAAUGUAAGAAAAUACUAAAGAAGGAAAUCAGGAAGUCAAAAAGACAUGAGGUUGCUUUGGCAGAUAAUGUGAAGGGAAAACCCAAUGGAUUUCUAACAAUAUUUUGAGAGUAAAUGGAUAGUAAGGGACAAAAUUGUUCCCUAGAAGAUCAGAGUGUGGAGCCUCACGAGAUGGGGGAAAUCUUAAACAGUUUUUUUGCAUCAGUAUUUACUCAGGAAACCGGGAUAGUGUAUAUGGAAGGAAGGGAAACAAGCAGUAGUGUCAUGGAACAUUUGUAGAUGAAAGAGGAGCAGGUGCCUGCUGCCUUACAGUGAAUAAAUGUAUAUAAAUCCCCCGGGCCUGACUUGAUAUUUUCUUGGACCUUGAGAGAGACUGGUGUAGAAAUUCCAGGGGCCCUGACAGAAAUAUUUAAAAUGUCCUCAGCCACGGGUGCAGUGCCGGAGGAUUGGAGGGUAGCUCAUGUUAUUCCGUUGCUUUAAAAAGGCUCCAAUAGUAAACCAGGUAAUUACAAGCCAGUGAACCUGAAAUCAGUAGUAGGUAACUUAUUGGAAGGUGUUCUGAGAGAUCAGAUAUACAAGUAUUUGGACAGCCAAGGGCUGAUUAAGAAUGGUCAGUAUGGCUUUGUGCGUGGUAGAUCGUGUUUAGUGAAUGUUGUAGAGUUUUUCUAGGAGGUGACCAAGAAAGUAGAUGAAGGAAAGGCUGUGGAUGUUGUCUGCAUGAACUUUAGUAAGGCCUUUGACAACGUCCAACAUGGGAGGUUAGUUCAGAAGGUUCAGACACUAGAUAUCCAUAGAGAGGUUGGAAACUGGAUUCGAAAAUGGCUGUGUGGGAGAAGACAGAGAGUGGUAGUGGAUGAUUGCUUCUCAGACUGGAGACCUGUGACUAGUGCUGUGCCUCAGAGAUCUGUGCUGGGACUAUUGUUGUUUGUUUUCUAUAUCAGUGAUAUAGAUGUGGUCAAUUGGAUCAGCAAUUUUGCUGAUGACACCCAGAUUUGAGGCGUUGUGGACAGCAGGGAAGGCUUUCAAAGCUUGCCGAGGGAUCUGGACCAACUGGAAAAAUGGGCCAGGAAAUGACAGGUGGAAUUCAAUGCAGACAAGCGUGAGGUGUUGCAUUUUGGAUGGACAAACCAAGGUAGGACAUACACAGUGAAUGGUAGGGCACUAAGGAGUGCAGAGAACCAAAGGGAUCUGGGAGUUCAGGUACAUAAUUCCCUGAAAGUGGCGUCACAGGUAGACAGGGUUGUAAAUAAGGCCUUUGGCAUCCUGGCAUUCAUAAAUCAAAGUACUGAGUACGGGAGUUGGGAUGUUAUGCUGAGUAUGUAUAAGGCAUUGGUGAGGCCAAAUUUGCAGUCUGGUCACCUACAUGUAGGAAGGAUAUCAGUAAGAUUCAAAGAUUGCCACGAAGAUUUACUAGGAUGUUGCCAGGUCUUCAGAAGUUGAGUUACAGGGAAAGAUUGAACAGGUUAGGACUUUAUUCCUUGGAGCGUAGAAGAAUGAGGGGGAGAUUUGAUAGAGGUUUGCAAAAUUAUGGGGGAUAUAGACAGUAAAUGCGAGUAGGUUCUUUCCACUUAGAUUAGGAAAUGUAAAAACAGGAGGACUUGGCUUUAGGGUGAAAUGGGAAAGGAUUAGGGGGAACAUGAGGAGGAAUACCUUCACUCAGAGAGUGAUGGGAGUGUGGAACGAUCUGCCAUCUGACGUGGUAAAUGCGGGCUCACUCUUAAGUUUUAAGAAUAAAUUGGAUCGUACAUGGAUGGGAGAGGAUUGGAGGGUUACGGACUGGGUGCAGGUCAAUGGGACGAGCGGAAUAUAGUUUCCGCACAGACUAGAAACGCCAAAAGGCCUGUUUUCUGUACUGUUCUAUGGAGUGAAAUAAACACGACAUGAGAAUUGUCGAUCGAUUAAUUUUGACUCGUUCACCGCAUCCGUCAACCAAACACAAACACCGGGGAUUCAGCAGUAGCUGCGGGCGGCGAGUCCUGAGCUCCCCCAGGUCCUAAAGUUCACCCGUAAUGAGACAGGUUAAAUGGGACAAGUG